AUGGCGGCUCUGAAUGGAAGACGAAGAGAUUUGGUGAACUGUGCUCAAUGCUGCCUUACGUCUCCUGGAGCUUCGGAACCUUGUAAUGCAAGACUGUGUGGUCAGCGUCCUCUUGCUACCACCAUGUCACCUUCGGCAGGAACUGGACUGAAGUGUAUGAAUUGUCACCAUGCACUUUCUGUUCAUGAAUGCAAGAAAACAGCAGUGGAAUGCCAGCACAAUGAGGAAUGUUAUUUUGAAUCAGUUACUACACCAGAUCGUAGAGUGAAAUUCAAUGCUGGGUGUAGGAGCAGAGCGGUAUGCAACUUGAUGAGUUCAUUUGGACCAAAGAUUGGCAAAAGGGAUUUGGUGAAUUGUGCCGAAUGUUGCAGUGAUCCCCCAGACAGUAAUGGACCUUGUAAUACACGAUUAUGUGGUGAAAGUUCUGCCCCACGAUGCUUGGUGUGUGAUGGCCUGCAGGCCUCUAGAGCUGAUUGUCAAUCCUCGGCGAUUUGCCCUCAAAAUCAGACAUGUUACAAUGGAGUACGCAUUACUGGUUCAUCAUCCCUUCAGUACGUGUAUGGUUGUGAAGAAGAGAAGACUUGCCAAGCGUUUGCUAAGAAUUAUCAUCAUUAUCACAAUAAUCAACAUGCUGGUCGAUCCGUGUCUAAUGACGGUGGAGUAAUUGUAUGUGAUUCAUGUUGUAAAGAUGACAUGUGUAACUCCCAGGAUUGCUUCGCUUUAUUGAAGAACAUGACAGUGAGUAUGUAUGACACAACACAAAUGCAGACCGGUAAUAUCAUUGGAUAA